AUGGGAAAAAGCCCAUGUUGUUCAAUGAUAGGUUUAACUAAAGGCUCAUGGACUGCUUCAGAAGACAAGAUUCUUAGUGACUACAUUAAGCUUCAUGGUGAAGGCAGAUGGAGACAGCUUCCCCUGAAAGCCGGCUUAAAGAGGUGUGGAAAGAGUUGCAGGCUGCGAUGGUUGAAUUACUUGAAACCAGAUAUCAAGAGGGGCAACAUUUCUUGUGAUGAAGAAGAUCUCAUCAUCAGGCUUCAUAAACUCUUGGGUAACAGAUGGUCGCUUAUUGCUGGGAGGCUCCCAGGGCGAACAGAUAAUGAAAUUAAGAACUACUGGAACACCACACUUGCCAAAAAGGUGCAUGAUGUUGACCAUGGAUCAGAUCAAUCUCAAGAACAUCUUAAAAAGAGGAAAGACAAGGAAUGUGUGAAUGAAAUGGACAUUAUGAUCGAUAAUGCAACUGUAAUUAGAUCCAAAGCGGUGAGAUGCUCCAGGACACAUUUUAUUAGCCCAGAUCCGCAACAAGUAGUUUUAGAGCCUUUCAAGCCCAAUGUUAUUGGGAUUAAAGUUAACCACCCUAAACCUAUCGAAGCAACUACUGCAUUUCCAUUCUAUCAUCAAGACAAUACUAGUAUUAAUAUGAAUAAUCCAUCAAAUUUUGACCUGGAUUUGAAUAUAGGGGAAGGGGGUUCUUUAUCGGCCGGUAUCUUUAACCUAGAUUUUGCAGAUUCAUUCAGCUUAAACGAUGAUGAUCAUCUGGUGAAAGGAGAUGACAAUAUGAUAUCGGGUUCCUCAACGAUUAGUGUUGCUGCUGCUACGGAUGCCACUCAUGUCUUUUCCAAGGAAAUCCUGGAUUAUUAUAGUUCGAUUCCUGAAAUUGGAGGAGAAUGGCCGUCUUCAGCUUCGCUAUGA